AUGCCCGCAGCACUUCUCCAAGAAGAAUCGUCAGAACGGGCUCGUCAUCUUCUUCCACAAAAUGCAUACGACUACUAUGCCGGCUCUGCCGGAGACGAGCGCACAUACUAUCAAAAUCUCCAAGCAUUUCGGGCAAUCCUCUUCCGUCCUCGCUGCCUCAUUCCUGUAUCAAAGGUUGACACAUCUGUCACGCUCCCAACUUUCGGCAACCUCAGUGCCCCGAUCAUCGUAGCACCCAUGGCUAUGCAGAGAAUGGCCCAUCCUGACGGCGAAAUUGCCGUCGCUCGCGCGGCUAAGCACCUAGGGCUAGGCAUCGUGCUCUCCACCUUUUCGACGGUCAGCAUGGAAGACGUCGCUCACGUCGGCACUAAUCGCCUAUUUCAGUUGUACUUGUACAGAAACAGAGCCGUUUCUUUAUCGCUAAUAGAGCGCGCGAGGAAGUCCGGAUAUAAAGGUAUUGUACUUACGGUUGAUGCCCCAAGAUUUGGUCGGCGAGAGAGAGAUAAGGACAAUGCUUUCCAUCUGCCGCCACAUCUCACGUUGGCCAAUUUUUCUCCAACUAGUACUGAAGAUGCAAUUUUAAAGUCUGGGAAACGAUUGUCCGCCUUGAAUCUCAUGGGUGGCUUGCAUCUUGAGCAGAACCUUUCUCCAGAAAUCUUGACAUGGCUCGUUAGAACUGCAAAACUGCCUGUUUGGGUGAAGGGCAUCCUGCGAGGUGAUGAUGCUUUAAUUGCUGUCAGGGCCGGCGCCGCCGGAAUCAUUGUUAGCAACCAUGGCGCUCGUCAAUUGGAGGGUACAAUACCAAGUAUUCAGGCAUUGCCUGAAGUUGUCGAAGCCGUGAACGGGCGAGUACCCGUGUUGCUCGACUCUGGCGUUAGAACCGGCGAAGACGUCGUGAAGGGCUGCGCCUUGGGUGCAGAUGCUGUUUUAGUCGGAAGGCCGGUUCUCUGGGCCUUGGCUGAGGGUGGGGAGAAAGGCGUGCAUGACCUCUUGAAUGAGAUGAAGAGAACCGUGGACCUAACAAUGGCGUUGUGCGGAGCGCUGAACACCUCGAAAAUAACUAAGUGUAUGAUUAAGGUCCCUCCUGAGUUUCGGCCCGUUCGAAGCUCAAAACUCUAA